AUGGAAACAGCAGAGACACAAGUUGAACCAGCGAUUGCUCAACCACCUACGAUCGAACUAGAAAAUCACAAUAGUGGCUUGGCUGUUGCCAAUUUGGUUCAACAAGAGACAACCCCUCAGAAUCUGCCCCAAGCUCAAGAUUAUAAUCCGGACAACAUCAUCAACAACAGAAAAGAACGGAUGAAGCAAUUCAAAACUAAAGUCCUCUUGGGAUUCAUUGCCUUCUUGGCCAUCACUAUCAUUUUAGUAGCCAUCCUGAUUCCACCACAUCAAGAGCGUCUUGUCCCAACAACCGCGCCUAGUGAGUCGCCCAGCAGCAACCCAUCUCAGGGACCCUCGUCUUAUUCAGAAUACUGGCUAUCACUUUUCCCUGAUUCAACAGUCUCUGCAAUUCUGGAGGACCCAGAAUCUCCCCAGUCGACGGCAUUCAAAUGGCUCAUGGAAGAGAUUGACAUUCUACACAACCUUACAGAAGAGAGAGUUGUACAACGUUUGGCACUUGCAACUUUCUAUUUUGCCAACAGUGAAGAAAAAUGGCAGUUCAGUGACAAUUGGCUAAACCACAGUGUUCAUGAGUGCAUUUGGUAUUCAAGUUUAGAGCAAUGGUAUUACACUUCUGAGGCCAGCAUACACAUCCCACUGGAUCACAUCAACCCUUGCGAGCAAGAUCCAACUGGAUAUCUAGAGGAUGGCAUCUUGUACCAUGGAGCUGGAAUCAUCAAGCACUUUUGGUUUUCAUUGAAUGACCUGCUGGGAUCAGGGAUCCCACCAGAGCUCUACUUGCUUACCGAACUUAGGAGCUUGGCUUUGGAUGGAUUGAACCUCACCAGCACCAUCCCAGAAGAGCUCUCUGGUCUUCCCAGUUUGGAGUAUAUUUCCAUGAACAGUUGUGGCCUUUAUGGCUCCAUUCCUGCAGCACUUGGAAGCUUGUCAAAACUUGGAGUUAUCUACUUUGCCUUCAACUCAUUGACCGGCACUAUUCCAUCAUCCCUGAUUUCCCUUACCAACUCCAUGAGAGGCAUGGCUCUAUUAGGAAAUCAGCUGACAGGACCAUUAUCAACAGAACUGGGUCUGCUGCCUGAUUUACAGUUUAUAUGGUUUGGUGAAAACUUCUUCACAGGGACCAUUCCGAAAGAACUUGGGCAAUUGACUUUCUUGGAAGUAUUAGAUCUUAACAGAAAUAUGUUGAGUGGCACUAUCCCAGUUGAGCUUGCAGCUCUUACGGACAUGUUAGUUCUGCAACUGGACAACUCAGGUCUUUUAGGGACAAUCCCUAGAUGGCUUGGCAACAUGGCAUCCAUGGACACCUUGUCACUGUCGGACAACUCCUUUACUGGGACUAUCCCAACAGAACUUGGCCUGCUAGCAAAGUUGUCUAGUUUGUGGCUUGGUGCGAAUGCAUUGUCGGGCACAGUCCCAAGUGAAUUUGGAAAGUGUGAGCAAGUGCUCGUGUUGACCUUGGAAAUGAAUGACCUAACAGGAACCGUUCCCACAGAGUUUGGUGUACUUACAGGUUUAAUUCUGUUGUGGCUGCAUGACAAUGAUUUGACAGGCACAGUGCCCUUGGAACUCGGCAUUGUUCCUUUCUCUGCACCUUAUGGUGAAGUCUGGUUGCAUGGAAAUCAUCUUUCGGGCAUUAUCCCUGAGAGCUUGUGUUCUGCCAACAACCUUACUUUUGACUGCAGCAACCUGCUCUGUGGAUGUGACUGGUGUAACUGUUCUAGUAUGAGUAUGGUGCUGUUGGAAGUCAAGGAUCAGAAAAGUGAUGGUCAGCUUGUGGGUGAGGAGAGCCAGCCCUCCACCUGA